AUGGCAUAUAUGAUGUAUAGGGAGACGACGCUUGGCACGGCGUUGAAUCGAACUUUGGAAGAAUUUGUUGAAGAGGGUCUCAUUACUAGGCCUCUAGCCAUGAAAGUGCUCACUACGUUCGAUAAGAAUAUCAACAAAGCACUUGCGUUUCGAGUGAAAAAUAAGGUCCAAUUCAAAGCUGAUAAAUUGGUGACGUAUCGGUAUUGUGACAAUGUUUGGACAUUCGUUAUUGAUGGAGUCGAGUUCAGAGACGUGCACCGCUCAAUCGACCGCACUGUGAACAGGGUGAAAAUUGUUGCUUGCGAUGGACGUUCACCUGGAAUGGCUGGCACAACCAGUGGACCGAUGUGA